CAGCUGUAACCCACACAACAGUCACAAACUUAACACGAAACGGAAUGGACGUCGAUAGUAGUUCUUGGCUAGACGGGAAGAAGAUACUCCUAACUGGCGCAACCGGUUAUCUCGGGAAAGUCAUAUGCGAGAAACUAUUGCGGGAGUGUUUAGGGAUUUCGAAAUUGUAUAUCCUAGUUCGAUCACAAGAAAAUGCAAAUUUCGAUGAGAGAAUUGUGCGUUUCAAAAAUGAUGCAAUAUUCGAUCGAGUAAAAUCCAUUGAUCGUCGGUUAAUGGACAAAGUGAUGCCUAUCGAGGGUGAUUUGUCAAAAUUUAAUCUAAAUCUUCAGGAUAUGGAUAUAAAUUUAUUGCGAAUGGAAAUUAAUGUUGUUAUGCAUUGCGGAAGUAAUAGUGAUGUAAAUUUGAGUUUAAAGGAUGCGAUCUUUACAAAUGUUCGCGGUACAAGAUAUCUCCUUCAAUUGGCCGAAUCGAUUAUUGGACUCGAGUCCUUUGUUUAUGUUUCACAUAUUUUCUCUAAUUGCUAUGAAAGGAUAAUUGAGGAGAAAAUAUUUCCGCCACGCUAUGAUGCGGAUGGACUUGUUAAAAUAAUGGAAUUAGAUAAGGAUAUUCCCAUGAAAUCGGAGAUCUUGAAGGAUUUUUCAAGUUAUUAUUUAUUCUCUCAACAUUUGGCUGAAUCGUUGGUGGCAAGAAGUUCCUUGCAAACAGCUGUUGUAAGGAUUCCAACAUUAACUCCAUCCGUGGACGAACCAUAUCCUGGAUGGUUUAAUAGUUCAAAUCUUUUGGAAAACUUUAUGGUUUCCGCUGCAAAUGGAUCAAUUCAAUCGGUUUAUGGGAAACCAGAAACACCUAUUGAUAUCCUUCCUGUGGAUUUGGCAGCCAAUGGGAUUAUAACAGUUACCAUGAAGAGGCGAAUUAUUCCUGAAACUGGUUGUCAAGUUUAUAAUUUGACAAAUGGAGGAACUGGAGAAAUUUCGUGGGAAACUUUGAUGAACACGAAUAGAAAGAUUGCCAUAGAAAACCCCUUAGAAACGACUUACUGGUCCCCAGGAGCAACAAUUUACUCAAGCUACUACUUAUACAUAGCCACUUUCAUCCUUACCCAAAUAAUUCCUGCCAUUUUAUAUGAUGCUGCUUCCUUCCUUUGUACAGGAAAAGUUCAAUAUGUGAAGAACCAAAUCGAAUUAUUCCAUCAACUCCAAUCACUAGAACGAUUUUUCCAUACAGUCUGGAUGUUUGACACCGAAAAUGCAGAUGAACUUUUUAAUACCAUGACAUUUAAAGAAAAAAAAAAAUUUAAAUUCCAAACACAAAAUUUCAACCUUGACGAAUAUAUGCGCACUUGGAAUAAUGGUCGGCGUGCUUAUCUACUUGAACUUGAUCAAAAAGCUAGCAGAGUUGCCAAAUGGAAGUUACAAGCUUACAGCGUAAUUGGUGUAAUUUUGAAAACAAUUUUUAUCGUUUACGUUGGUAAUGAAAUCCUCAAGUAUUUCGGUUGUGAAGAGUAUUUAGGAAUGAGAUCAAGUGGAAGUGCAUGUUUAAGGCUUUUUAAUACAUUUCAAAAAGUUUAAAUAAAAAAAAAAUGUUUAUUGUAAUUGUAUAUUUAAUAUAUUGAGCUUAAGUUAUCAUAUAGCAAGUAAGAUAAAUGGAAAAAAAAAAAUAAAAACACUAUUUAACCUU